GAGCACUAAAACACUAUCUUCUUAAAAUUAGCUCAUUCUUGUGUUUGCUUUCAGCCUGACUGACUCAGGGAUAGCGCGUUCGCAAGGGAACAGUAUGACCAGAAUUUCCCCUUUGGCAAUACCUGCUGAUUGGGUCCUAAAAGCAAGCUGCUUUUAACUUUUUAUAUUUGGCUCCCUUCUGCCAUGACUAGUCGCAAAAGAUUGUUUCUCUAGCCUAUCAUUAUUUUUAGGACAAGGUGAGAAAUAUUGGUCAGCAGCACAGAUUGUUUAGUUUUUUUUUCUAAUUGAAAAACGGAGUGCGCGCGUAUGAACGCGCGUGUAUGUGGUGAAGAUGUUUUGCGAAAGUUUUUUAAGGAUGAUAUACCAUGGAUGUUUCCUGUUUCUUUGUGGGUUUACGCAUGCCAUACCAAGUUAUCCUAUCUGGUGGUCCCUAGCGGUGGGCCACCAGUACUCGUCCCUGGGCUCCCAGCCCAUCCUGUGUGGCUCCAUCCCUGGCUUGGUGCCCAAACAGCUGCGAUUCUGCCGAAACUACGUGGAGAUCAUGCCCAGUGUGGCCGAGGGGGUGAAGAUCGGCAUCCAGGAGUGCCAGCACCAAUUCAGGGGCCGCCGCUGGAACUGUACCACCAUCAACGACAAGGCCAUCUUUGGACCAGUGCUUGACAAAGCCACGCGGGAGUCAGCAUUCGUUCAUGCCAUUGCCUCAGCGGGGGUGGCGUUCGCGGUGACGCGGUCCUGCGCCGAGGGCUCAGCCACCAUCUGUGGUUGUGACACACGCCACAAGGGCCCACCUGGCGAGGGCUGGAAGUGGGGUGGAUGCAGCGAGGAUGUGGAUUUCGGCAGCAUGGUGUCCCGGGAGUUUGCAGACGCCCGUGAGAACCGGCCCGAUGCGCGCUCCGCCAUGAACCGCCAAAACAACGAGGCGGGACGAACGUCGCUGAACGACAACAUGUUCCUGAAGUGUAAGUGCCACGGCCUGUCAGGCAGCUGUGAGGUGAAGACGUGCUGGUGGUCCCAGCCUGACUUCAGAGUGAUUGGAGACUACAUGAAGGACAAGUACGACAGCGCAUCAGAGAUGGUGGUGGAGAAGCACAAGGAGUCCCGCGGCUGGGUGGAGACUUUGAGACCCAAGUUCACCUUCUUCAAACCGCCCACGGAGCGAGACCUGGUCUACUACGAGAGCUCCCCCAACUUCUGCGAGCCCAACCCAGAGACAGGCUCUUUCGGGACGCGCGACCGUGCCUGUAACCUGACAUCACACGGCAUCGACGGCUGCGACCUGCUGUGCUGCGGCCGGGGACACAACACCCGGACGGAGAAACGGAAGGAGAAGUGCCACUGCAUCUUCCACUGGUGCUGCUACGUCAGCUGCCAAGAGUGUGUUCGAGUCUACGAUGUUCACACCUGCAAAUAGAUAGGGCCUUUGGAACUACUCUUUCUGCACCUCACCAAAUGUUUUUUUUUAAAUACUUCAACGUAUAAAAGAAGAAGCUACCGUACGAGCCAGGCUCAGAGAACUUGAGAGGCUUUGAUUGGACUUUGAUCAAGCAUUAGUUGACUUGUCUGUGGAUUCAGCUACAGUACAGUCACCUAAUAGGCAAUCAAGAUGGCGGCCUGUCAUGUGAUGCUGUGGUGUCAGCCGCUCUUAGAAUGCUGAGGUAGUUCUAGAAUACAGAGGUGGACUCAUGGAGGCUCCAUUCAGAAAAUCAACAUGGUUAUGUUGAUGAUGAUGUUGAUGAACACCAUCUCAUCGAUAGAGGCAAAAGAGGAGACCAUUACAGAGUGAACUAAGAGUAGCCAAGGAGUGACUUUCAGUGACUUCCAGAAAGGUGUUUCAAGGCCUUGGUUUCCUUCCUUACACAACAAAAGAAAACUGUAGGUUGUAUAUGGCUAUUUAAACUGUACUGUUGACAAGCACCAUGUUGGUGAAAAGUCUGUAUACUCUGUGUAGACUCCUUCAUGUAGAACAGCACUGUCUAAACUUUUAGGACACCAUACAAUCUAUUUUUCUAAAUAUUAAGUGGCACUCUGCUCUGCUUAUGAGUUUUAUAUAUCUACAAAAAAAGAACAGCAUUUCUGAGCUAUGUUCACAACUUUGUAUGACCAUGGUGCACUCAAAAGCACACAUUCUACUCGACAUUUGCAGUAUGUAAGUGGUUACUAACUUUUCAACUGUUUUAUGAUAAAUAUAGUGUUAACAUGUUACUAAUGUUGGGAUUAGAAUGCACUUGCACCUAAGUGAAUGUAGUUUUUACAUUUCUGUGUUCAUGUAUUCUCAAAUCCUCUGUCUUUUUUUAGUCUGUGGUAUGAAGUAGGAUUAUUCUGAUCUCAAAAAGCACAUGAGCACAAAUCAACCAAAUCAAACAGGUUUGAAAAUAAUUUAUGUUUAUCCCUAUACAAUCUUCUAUCAAUUUCUCGUCGGGAACCCUGCUACAACUGCAAGCUCUUUGAAGAAAGUUGCCAAGAGUUGGCCAUAGAACGAUAGAUGAUGAAAACAAAGUUCAGCCCAAAGACAAAUUACUUUCUGCUGGUGGAGGAUGAGGUGGUCAGAGAGUCUAACGUGAGUUUGAAAGUUCAGCACUUGUGUCUAGUUGAAGAGAAUAAAGCUUGUUCUACUCAUUUUUAUCAGUGUUAGUAACCGUUCAGCAGAACACGGUAUGUGUAUCACCACGUGUCCCGGUGCAGACAAACCCAUGCUAUUUAGUGUUUGAAAAUGAAAGUAUGUGAAAGAGACUUGUCCACGAGUAUAAUUCUGUUUUCGUUAUGCCCAUGAAUGCAUGUAUGCAAUCUUACUGUUUCCUAUCUGUAAGCUAUUGCUAACUGUAAUCUGAAAUGCUUCUCAGAGUAUACUUUGUACAGUAUGUUAUGAACAGCAAUCUGAUGUCAAGUGGUAACCCAGCUGUAGUUGCGGUAAAACGAUGACCAAAACCUGUGUAUCUGAUUCUGAUUCCUGGCUUAUAGAUGUAGGAUCUUAAUUUGAUCACCCUGUUUCAGGAGAACCUUCCUGCAAUACAGGAC